AUGUCCGAAAUUACUGACACGAAAUCGACCGCGGAGGCAAAUAACGGAACGAAAGCUAAGAAUGAAAACAACAAUGGUGUGACACAAGAAGUUAAUCUCUUCUUCCCAUACGCUGCACAACCGGACAUAAUUCGCUCAAAUCAAAAGGAUGCUUUUUAUAGAGGAGUACUUGAAACCCAAGUGAGAACAGUUUUCAGGCAAUACUUUGGCACGCGAAGUCAAAAUCUACAUCAAAAGGAACUUGGUCUGCUCUCUGAUUUAUGUUACUUUUGUCUAACAACAUUACUUGGUACGCAAACACUUGGAGAAGAAUAUUGCGAUAUACUACAAAUAUCAGAAAAGACAAAUAAAUUUCCUGCUGUAAAAAUACGUGCUCUGGUUUUGUUCUAUCAGCUUAUUCUACCAUAUUUCUUCACACGGUCUGUCUCAAAACUACGACGCAGUACGAGAUCAAGCACAUCUUCGUCAAACCGCUAUGAAGCAUUGUGGAGUGGUUUCGUGCAUACGAUCCUCCCGAAGUUAGAAAGCUUUACAAAUAAUUAUGCACAUACAUUGCAUCUGGCAAUUUUCUAUUUCUCCGGGGCAUAUUAUAGUUUUUCCAAAAGAUUAAGUGGCGUGAGAUAUAUUUUUACGCGCCAAUUAGGACCAGGAGAAGAACGCCUUGGAUAUGAAGUACUCGGGUUCCUGAUCUUUGUUCAACUACUGAUACAGUUAUAUUUAUAUAAAACCAACGACGAGAUCGAAUCUAGUUCCGCUAUUGAGCAACCUGUGGAUUAUUUUGAAGACGGCCUUCCUUCUUCUUCAAAGGAUACGGGAAGCACCGUCCGGAUGACUCAAGCUGAAUUUAACGCAAAAAAAUGUAUAUUAUGUUUAUCACCGCGAAAAAACACCACUGCAACUUCAUGUGGUCAUUUGUUUUGUUGGAGUUGUAUCUUGGAGUGGUGUCAAAACAAGCAACCUCAAAUUAUCCUCCUCAAAGAGGGUACGGAUACUUCCCAGGGUCGAGCACAGUUGCUUUCUAAUAUCAAUGCUUGUAUGGCGGUAGUGGAUACUGUGAGAACGACAUUAGGCCCCAGGGGAAUGGACAAGUUGAUCGUUGAUGAGAGGGGAGAAGUUACUAUUUCCAAUGAUGGAGCUACUAUUAUGAAGCUAUUAGACGUUGUACAUCCCGCAGCCAAGACACUCGUUGACAUUGCACGAUCGCAAGACGCAGAAGCUGGAGAUGGGACAACGACUGUGGUGCUAUUGGCGGGGGAGCUGUUGAAAGAAGUCAAGGGAUACAUUGAGGAGGGUGUAAGCCCUCAUGUCAUAAUCAAGGGUUACCGUACUGCUUGUCAAUUGGCGAUUAACAAAAUAAAGGAGAUGGCAGUUAGUAUUGAGCGCACAAAUGAGGUUGAAUUUCGAAAUCUGCUCAGCAAAUGUGCCGGAACUGCCAUGUCAUCAAAACUCAUACACUCCCAUAAAGAUUUUUUUACAAAGAUGGUGGUCGAUGCAGUGCUAACAUUGGAUCAGGAUGAGCUCAAUGAAAGGUUGAUUGGCGUUAAAAGAAUACCUGGUGGUGCAAUGGAGGAUUCGAUGCUUGUGGAUGGUGUCGCGUUUAAGAAAACAUUCUCUUACGCUGGCUUUGAACAGCAACCCAAGUCAUUCAAGAAUCCAAAGAUUCUUUCUUUAAACGUUGAACUAGAAUUGAAAGCUGAAAAGGAUAAUGCAGAAGUCAGAGUUGAAGACGUCAGAGAAUAUCAAGCUAUUGUAGAUGCUGAAUGGCAAAUCAUCUAUUCCAAGUUGGAAGCCAUCGUGAAGACAGGAGCCAAAGUUGUUCUCUCCAAGUUACCAAUUGGCGAUUUGGCUACUCAAUACUUUGCCGACAGAGAUAUCUUCUGUGCUGGUCGUGUGCCUGCCGAUGACCUCAAUCGAGUAGUGCAGGCAGUGGGCGGUUCGAUCCAAUCAACAACAUCAGAUAUCGAAGAGAAGCAUUUGGGAACGUGUGAGCAUUUUGAAGAGCGACAAAUAGGCGGAGAGAGAUUUAAUUUGUUCCGAGGCUGCCCUGCUGCCAAGACGUGUACUUUAAUAUUGAGAGGCGGUGCCGAACAGUUCAUUGCCGAGGUCGAGAGAAGUUUACACGAUGCUAUAAUGAUAGUAAAGAGGUGCAUCAAGAACAACUUGAUUGUGGCUGGAGGUGGAGCAACUGAGAUGGAAUUAUCAAAAUACCUUCGAGACCAUUCUCGAACCAUCCUAGGCAAACAACAACUGAUUAUUGGCGCGUUUGGACGUGCCUUGGAGAUUAUCCCUCGACAGCUAUGUGAUAAUGCAGGAUUUGAUGCUACCGAUAUAUUAAAUAGGCUCAGGAUGAAGCAUGCACAAGGCGCCGUGUGGUAUGGGGUAGAUAUCAACUCAGAGUCGAUUGCCGAUAAUCUUGACGCCUUCGUAUGGGAACCCGCUCUCGUAAAGUCUAACGCCAUCGCCGCAGCUACUGAGGCCGCUUGCUUGAUUCUCAGUGUUGAUGAAACUGUUAAAAACCCGCAAUCGGAAAAGCCUCAGGCUGGUCCAUCCAUGCCAAGGGGCGCUGCGCAACGUGCUGUCAGAGGCCGUGGUCGAGGAAUUCCUCGGCGAUAA